UCCUGUCUGUGUGCUUCUGCUCGCUGGGAGGCCGUGUCCUUGGGGGAGGCUACCCCCCCAUGCCCCAGAUGAAGUACAUGCAGCCCAUGAUGAAGGCCCGUGGGACCCCCCUUCGAGAGGCAAGGGACACAAUCCUCGACAUGCCACCCAUGAUGGACGUAAAGGGCGAGCCAGGGCCACAAGGAAAACCUGGACCCAGAGGCCCAUCUGGGCCAUCAGGACUUCCGGGAAAACCAGGACUGGGAAAACCAGGUUUCAAUGGCCAGCCUGGCCCUCAAGGGCCUCCAGGCUUUCCCGGCAUUGGGAAGCCCGGACUUCCAGGUCUCCCAGGAAAGGGGGGCAUGAAGGGGAUGCCCGGGAAUAAUGGCGAGGUUGGGCUCCGUGGUGAACCAGGUCCCAGAGGACUUCCAGGUCAACCAGGUCUCCCCGGGCCAGCUGGCCUGUCUCUGAAUGGCAAACCGGGGCUUCCCGGCGGCAGGGGCCAACCUGGGUCUCGUGGAGAACCAGGACAGAAAGGUGGACCUGGAAAUCCCGGGGAGCGUGGAAUCAAUGGGGAGAAUGGCAAUGGGAAGCCAGGGUUACCAGGACCCAGGGGCCCCAUCGGGCUUAGGGGCCUACCAGGGCCAGCUGGUAUUCCAGGUGUGGGCAAACCAGGACUGAACGGGCUUCUUGGUCCAUCUGGGCCUAAAGGGGAUCAGGGGCUCCCAGGAGGAAUAGGAGAGCCAGGUGAGGCCGGCAAUCCAGGACUGCAAGGCCAGCCAGGACCCAUUGGAUUGGGCAAGCCUGGUAAUGAUGGAUUGCCUGGAGGACCAGGUCCACUUGGGCCUAAAGGUGAGCAAGGGCUGAGGGGUUCUCCAGGGUUUCCUGGAACUCCUGGCUAUGGCAAGCCUGGUCUAUCUGGGCUGAAAGGAGACAAAGGCCUUUCCGGGGGACCAGGGGUACCUGGGGAUAAGGGGGAGCCUGGGAUUGAGGGGCAGCCAGGAGACAUGGGUCCAGAUGGACACCCUGGACCACCAGGAUUACAGGGCCCCAUGGGGCUCCCAGGAAAACACGGCAUGCCCGGCCUGAAGGGAGAGUUGGGUCCCCAGGGUCAUCCAGGUCUGCCAGGGUUCAGAGGGGAUCAGGGUCCCGGUGGUCUGUCUGGAAAARCUGGCAUUCCUGGAGACAAAGGCCCGCCGGGUCCUAAUGGGGCUAUCGGAAAACCAGGGCCCAAAGGUGAAGCAGGGCACAUAGGCCUGCCUGGAAACCCAGGUCUUUUAGGCAAUCCUGGACCAAAAGGGGAGUUUGGGUUUGUUGGGUCUCCAGGACCAAGAGGCCAGUCUGGUAUCCCUGGUCUUCAGGGGCCUUCAGGGCCAAUGGGGCCACAGGGUAUCCCAGGUCUGAAGGGCGAAUCUGGGCUGCCUGGUCUUCCAGGGCUGGGCAUGCUUGGAGAAAAAGGAGUUCCUGGUCCUCAAGGUCCCCAAGGAAAACCAGGCAACUCUGGGCUCAACGGCAACCCAGGCCCACCUGGGCCACCCGGGCCCCCUGGCCCUGCAGGAAAUGGRCAAACCAUCGUGGCUGGGCUAACGGAUUCGGAGUUGGGCGGAGGCGAGGUACCAAACGGUAGGAACCCAAAACCACAGUUUGGCCGUGCAGAGCUCUCUGCCUCCCUGGCACCAGCAUUUACUGCCAUCCUCACCACACCCUUCCCUCCCUCCGGGAUGCCCAUCAAGUUCGACAGGACCCUGUACAACGGGCAGAAUGCCUACAACCCUGGCACCGGUAUCUUCACCAGCCCCAUGUCUGGCGUCUACUACUUUGCCUACCACAUGCACGUAAAGGGACUCAAUCUGUGGGUGGCGCUGUACAAAAACAAUGUUCCCGCCACAUACACCUACGACGAGUACAAGAAGGGCUACAUGGACCAGGCGUCCGGUAGCGCCGUCCUUGAGCUGAAGGAGAACGACCAGGUGUGGAUGCAGAUGCCCUCGGAUCAGGCUAACGGGCUCUACUCCACCGAAUACAUCCACUCGUCCUUCUCAGGGUUCCUGCUCUGUCCCACAUAACGCCUUGCUAGUCAACUAUCUCCUAGGGUAACCCCUAGUGUCCCUAUAUAAUAACACCUGCAGCCAUAACAGAAUAACACCACCUGUAGAAUGUUAUCAUCAACAGCAUCAACAAGGACAGAGAAGACUCUGUGAAGGAAAGACAGAAAGAGUUAAGUAACAGGAGAAGGAUACUUCAUGCUGUGCUCUGUGUUUUUAUCUCGUUCUGUCAAAUGUCCGUAUUUUUGUUAUUUUUUGGGUUGUUGCUUAUAUUAUUAUAAUUAUUGUUAUUGUCAUAAUUGUAUUAUUUUUAUUUUGCCGUUGGCGUCAGUAUUGCUGUUGUUUAUUGGAUUCAGAAUUUUAAGUGCCUUACUUUGUAAUGCGUAAGUAACAGUUAUUAGACCUACCCAUGUGACUGCAUAUCCUACUCAAAUGCUCUGAUCAGUAGGAUGACAUCGUCGGACCCUGGGGCUCCGAUUGGUUCCCCUGGCUGCAGUCACUUCCUGCACAAAAAUCUCCCAUUUCCUCCCGUGUGCUCGUCCACCAUUUUAUGUCAAGAGCUUCCUUAUUUAAAUAAAUAUUUCACAUAAAGAUGUACCAUUACACAUACAGUAUGAACAGUGUAUUCAAUAAACAAAAUGUUCACAUUGAAAAAAAAAUUAAGAUCUGCUAUAGGGAUCGAUGGAUCGUUGUUUAUCAGUACGCUCUGAUGUUUUGACGGUCAACUUCCAGUUGUCUGUUGGGUGAUAAUUUCCUGGUUCUAUAAGAGGCUUGUGCUGAAUGGAUUGGUGCUGAUAAUAGAAGCUGAUGGUUUUGGAUUGUAACUAUUACUUGAUCAAAAAUAAGUAAUUGGUGUAUCCAACUUGUGUCAGAUUCACACAAAUCCCUCUUUGACAAAGCAUCAACAUACAAACCAGUAACCUAAAGAAUUAUAAAUAUAUAGGACACAUUAAAUAGACAACUGAAUAAAUCUAUAAAUAAAUGUGUAAGUUAAUCAUUAUAUUAAUAAAUAUGUGUCAGCUAAUGGACAGAAAGAAUAGGCCAAAUGCAUUAGGAUCAAUGCCAUGUUUCCCUGCAUCGAUCCAUUCUGUGGCUAUUCCCAUUAAUCACGUGCACUGCAGAUCCCCUUAUUACAUUCUCUAUGCCACACAUACAGUAUACCAUUGACAUCACUGCUUUUUGUGUCCACUAACGCCAAGGCUGUGACCGAGCAAUCAGUGCCCUGGGGCCUUUCACAUUAACAUUUAGAGUGAACAUUCUGAGCGAAAGCUCAUGUGAAAAGUCUCAUUCCAUCUACAAACUACAAAUCUUUCAGCAUUUCACAGAUCGACAACUGGCUAGAGGCCAUCCAACCUGUUCCUACAGAAUAACCCUUUAAAGGUUCAGAUCCAACCAAAUGGGUGCAUAGGGUGCAGUUCAAAUGAUCUCCUACAUCUUACACAGCCCUCCCAGUAUAUGGUGCUAUGGUGUUGAACUCAUUGUGUUUAUACGCAUACAGUAACAAUUUCGAAUCCACCGUAAACCUCACCAUAACAAAGGUUAACCAUUCAUUUUCCAUCUUUAGUUACUGUACAUCGCCAAACAAAAUGGUUUACCCAUUGCUCAGUUUGAUGGAAUAUCUAAUGUUGCCACAGGAUAUUCUUAGCCGAUGUCUUCUGACAGAAUAUGAAAGAGGGUGCACUUUCGGAAAUCAGAAUGCAUGGAUCUCCAAAUGAAUAAGUAAAGGGAGAGAGAGAGAGAGAGAGAGGGAGAGAGAGAGGCCCAGUGGUUGUGAAAUCCUGAUUGCAUAACAGUUAACAUGGCUCUGCUAUUCUGGGAGAAACGGUGGGACAAAGGUGAGAACUGUGUUUGCCAUGUGAGUUUUACUGGUGCUGUGUGGGAUGAGGCUGUGGGGUGCGAUUGAUACACCCACCGUGUGAGUGUUUCCGGCUGUAUCUCUUUCUCACUGUGUGUAUGUGUCUGUCUGUUUUACACACACACUCAACUCCCAUCCGUUAAAACUUCACCUGAGUGAAUUAUGAACUUCAGAGACCAUGGACKAUGGACAAUGUUUUCUGAGUCAUUUGGGAGCAUGCACUUCUAGUCAAUAUUCCACCAGUUUGAAUUGAAGAUUUGAUCCGGUUCAAAUAGGACGUGUGUGUCUUCAUGGCGAUUAAGUAAAUGGCCCUCAUAGCUUGGGAAAUGUCGCAACAGAAGAGAGGAAUUCUGUUUGAUAGAAUUAGUGUGCUACAUACCCACUGGCCACAGAUGUCAGUUCAACAUCUAGUUUUGAUUUACAUUUGGUUGAGUUGUCAACUAACGUUAACUCAAAGUGAAAUUAACAAAACAUUUAAUCAUGUCAUUGGAAUUAGAUUAAAAGUUGGGUAAAAAAAAAAAGAAAUGUCCUUACGAGGAUGACUUUUUGCAAAUCCAAUUAGUUUUCUACAUUGAUUCCAUACCAUCACAUUGAUUUUGGGUUGAAAUUACAUGUAAACAAUGUUGAUUCAACCAGUUUUUUCCCAGUCAUGCAAAGGUGAGAAACGUACAAUAGAGAUGGGAGAAAUGUAUGCAAAGUAAGACAAAUAUAUUGUUGGAAACAACAUGCUAGACUUUUAAAACAAGGGGUUAUUGACUAACACUGGGCAGGUUACAAAUCAUGAAGGUAUUUUUGUGCAUUAAUUCUGUGAAUUUGGUCGGCAAACUGAGGGUAGACAUGGGAGAACCUGGGACGGAAUUAACGGGACAAUAUCUAUCUUAAAGUCUUUCAUCUUCAAGUAACCUUGGGCUCAAGGUUAUAUCAUACAGUAUAUCACACUUCCUUAUUGUAAAUUCAAUGUAGGGAUAUCAUAUUGUAUGUUUCAAGAUUUAGAGAUAUUAAACACUUUUAUAAAUGGGACAACCCUGAUGAUAUUCAUGGUGAAAUUAGCAGAAUGUUCGGUAGCACCCAUCUCUUUUCCUUUGUCUAUAUUUUGAGUUCUGCAACAGUAGAACUUUUUAUCUAGUAUUCAUUUGAACUUAUCAACACGAAUUGGAGUAUUUAGAGUACUAUAUAGGUAGAAAACAUUUAACAGAAAAACGCUAGUUCAAUAACUACAUUUGGACAAAAAUGCAGAUAGAAACUCAAGCUCUCAAAUACCCAAGAGUAUACCCUGUAUUCAGACUAGAACCUGACUCCAAUAUUAAAUCAAAAUGGGUAUGCAGCCCCCCCCCCCCAAAACAAAAUAACAUCAUGCAUGUUGGAUUAUCGCUACAAUUGUCUGCAUAUUAGACUAAUCAAAACAUACUGUAUUGCUUUAACUGAAUAAUUGUUUUAGACAUCCUGGAGAAAUGGUCAUCGGUUUUGACUGAGUAGAACCUUGAGCCUCACAAUCAGUAUUUUAAAUGUAUGUAGGCCUAAUGGAGGCACUUUCACUGGUCUGUUUGUGGCCCCUUUUCUCUCAUCAUUAUCUGAACAUACCUAAAGCAAAGUCUAUGUAUCAUUAUUGUUGUGUGAGUCUACCAGACAAUUUAAGGCUUGUUUUGGUUAUGUACGGUAUGUUGUCUUUUUAUUGCCUCGUUCUUUCAGACAUUUGGAAUGCUGUUUAGGAGUGGAGUGGCUAGACUAUAACUCUCCUUUUUAUAUUCUUUGUCAUAGACAAUGUCACUUGGUUGCAGAGUUUGCAGUGCGUGUGCAAAAACAUUUUUCUCCCAAUGUACUGCCUUGAUUACAAACUGACUUGUUUUCUAUUCAAUGAUUUAAAAAAAAAAGAUACACUUUUUGUUUCUACUUUAAGCCUUGCUUCGGUUUUAAGGGAUAUUUGUUUGUUAUAGUUUGGAGAUAGAUACAAACGGUCAUUCCUAUUUGCACAUGACAUUAAUGAAGAUGUAUUUAUACAUUUGUUAUAAUUUAACAGGAAUGCCAAAAUCGACCACCGAAGCAUGGUAGAAAUGGUAUUUAACAGCAUUGAAUGAGUUAAGAGCAUUUAGAACAUGAAGUCAGCAUUCUAGCAUUGUUCGCGAAGGACUUUUUUUGUGAUUUUUUGUUAAUUUUUUGUGUAUUGUACAAUGUAUCAACCUAUAGGAUUAUUUGUCUUGUACAUGGCUAUUGUGUGCACUCUAUGCAAUAGAACUUGGGUAUAAAAUGCACUCUUUUAGCUAGAUUUUUUUUGGUCUGCUUAUACAAKAUUUACAGUACUUGAUUGUAUUGACACCACAUCAAUAAAUACUUUCUUGUA